GUCACCCAAUGUUUCCGGGCACUGGGGAAGCUAAGCUAGCUGAGUCUAUUAUUUCCAUCCGGUCAAGUGCUCUUCUAACACAACGAAGAGGUGACUGUUGUUAAGCAAACCAUGGGAAACAGAGACGAUGAAUAUGAUUUCUUGUUUAAAGUUGUGCUUAUAGGAGACUCCGGGGUGGGGAAGAGUAACCUCCUGUCCCGUUUCACAAGAAAUGAGUUCAACCUGGAAAGCAAAAGCACCAUUGGGGUGGAGUUUGCCACCCGCAGUUUGCAGGUGGACGGCAAGACCAUCAAAGCUCAGAUUUGGGACACAGCCGGACAGGAGCGCUACAGAGCCAUCACCUCGGCGUAUUACCGCGGUGCAGUCGGGGCUCUCCUGGUGUACGACAUCGCCAAACACCUAACCUACGAGAAUGUGGAGCGCUGGCUGAAGGAGCUGAGGGAUCACGCCGACAACAACAUCGUCAUCAUGCUCGUCGGCAACAAAAGCGACCUACGGCACUUGAGAGCUGUGCCCACUGAUGAGGCUCGGGCUUUUGCAGAGAAGAACACGCUGUCAUUCAUUGAGACGUCAGCGUUGGACUCGACAAACGUGGAAGAGGCCUUCAAGAGUAUUUUAACAGAAAUCUACCGCAUCGUGUCACAGAAACAGAUAGCCGACCGAUGUUCACACGACUCUCCCGGCAACAACGUCGUCGACAUCAGCGUCCCACCGACCACCGACGGCCACAAGAGCAACAAAAUGCAGUGCUGCCUCAAUGUGUGACCUUUAUCCCUCCUUAUAUCCUCCUAUACCCUGAUCUCACCUAACCUCAGUUAAGCACUUUCCUCUCUCCUCUCCCUCUCAAUUCUGCCAUCAAAGACCUGUACAGAAGCCUUUUGUGUUGGAGAAUGUGAAAGGCUCUGACUUAAAAGUGACGGAGCAUUUCAAUACUGACCACUAGAUGGUGCUGUGCAAAGAAUCUAAUGGCAGUCACUUCCCAGUGAGGCAGUAUUAUGUUGAAAUCUGUAUUUAUUGAACUGUUGUUGAUGGAUGUUGUUGUUGUUGAUAUAAAGACUGGUUAUGUUUACAGUAAACGCUCUACAAAGCCAUCACAGCCUGUGCAAUGAGCAUAUUUUAUUAUUAUGAGCUUAAUCAGUAGUUAAUCAGUAGUUCUUUUUUGCAGUGCACUGCAGAACCCAGUAAAGAAGUAACCAGUGACUUUUA